AUGUCUCGACAAGACUUAUCUCACAAUCAGGCAGUCGAGUUCUUCAUCAUCAACCUCUGCGGCAACUUCGGUACGGUGUUUCUGGACAACGGUUACUACAACAAGGCAAUUGCAGCAAGCCCGAUUGAUGCUCUUCCGGGCUAUGUCAUGGGUGGAAUCAGUUGGUUUGCCGUGCCUUGGCUCACGGCGACGACUAUGGGUCUCGCUGGUCUUGCUCUAGAAAAAUACGACAUCUGGCCGACCUACCCAAACCGUCUAGCCGCUGCGGACGUUGAUGCCGGAUUGGUUCUACCCACUGCUGCCGUUGCUCUGCUUGGAAAAGGAGGAGCGGUUGCGACCCUCAUCCUGGCUGAUGCUGAUUCUGAGCAGUUUAUGGCUAUAAUGAGCACUUACUCGUCUGAGCUCAUCUCUGUGUCGUCCAUCUGCACCUAUGAUAUUUACAAGACCUACUUCAACCCCACUGCUACCGGGAAGCAACUUAUGCGAAUCAACUACAUUGGCAUGGGCGUCUUUGCUCUUGUCAUGGCUGGAUUUGCGACUGGUAUCAACUAUGUUGGCAUCUCCAUGGGAUAUCUGUACCUGAUGAUGGGCGUCAUCAUUUCUUCCGCCGUCUUGCCAGCUGCUCUCACUCUUCUCUGGGAUGGACAGUCUUGGGCGGCGGCCACCUUCAGCCCGAUCAUCGGAUUCGCCCUUUCAAUGACGACAUGGCUAGUCACGACGAAGAUCAAGUACGGCGAGUUGAGUGUUACGAACACGGGCGCCAACGAGCCGAUGUUAGCCGGAAACUUGACAUCUCUCCUUUCGCCAAUUGUCUUCAUCCCACUUUUGACAUUCAUACCACCUUUCAAGCCUCAGCAGUACGACUGGCAGAGUAUGCUCAACAUCCGACAAGCUGACGAUCAUGAACUCGUUGACGCUGCACAUGUGGAUGUAGAGAACCCGCCCGAAGACAGGGCUAGGGCGCUGCAGAGUGAUCCUGAUGAGCAGAUCAAGCUUGAAAAAGCAGCCAAGACUGCCCGCUGGCUGACUGUUGGUGUGACACUCGUUCUGCUCAUUCUGUGGCCAAUGCCACUGUAUGGCACUGGUUAUGUCUUUGGAAAAUCUUUCUUUACCGGCUGGGUUGUGGUAGGAAUCACUUGGCUGUUCGCCUCUGUUAUCAUGGUUGUCUUCUUGCCGAUCUUUGAAUCUCGGAGCACAAUUGUUCGAACCACCCGGAUGAUGUUCAAGGACCUUUUUGGCCUCCGAAGAAAGGGCAAGCCCGUCAGUGAGGGCAUGUCGCCUGGAUCAAGGACUCCACCUGAGGUCACGGAGAAGGCUACGUCCAAGGUGUGA